AUGGACCUGGUCAUCCGUUUUGUUUCUCUUCUAUUUGUAAUCUCUUCUGUACGCACAGCAGAAGCAGACUCAGCGUGUCCUGAUCAGGAUCCUGAGCUGGGACCCUGGAACGCUGGUCAUGAUGAAGAUCAACACAUUGAAAUCAGCAAAGGCAGGAAGCUCCUUCUCUCUUCCUCGGCGACCGUCCACUCGAUCCACAUCACAGAUGGAGGAAAACUGGUAAUUAAAGACAAUACACAGCCUAUAGUUUUGCGAACUCGACAUAUAUUGAUUGAAAAUGGAGGAGAGCUACAUAUCGGCAGUGAGCUAUGUCCAUACCAAAGUAAUGUGACGAUCAUCUUAUACGGGCGAGCAGAUGAUGGCAUCCAGCCAGAUGCUGACUUUGGGCAAAAAUAUAUUGGAGUCAGUCGAGGUGGAACCCUUGAGAUCCAUGGUGAGAAAAAGUUGUCCUGGACUUUUCUAAACAAGACUCUCCACCCUGGUGGCAUGGAAGAAGGUGGCUACUACUUUGAAAGGAGCUGGGGGCAUCGAGGUGUCAUUGUCCAUGUUAUUGACCCAAAAACAGGGGCAGUCGUCCAUUCAGAUCGGUUUGAUACCUACAAACUGAAAGGGGAAAGUGCCCGUCUUGUCCAGUACUUGAGAGCAAUUGACAAUGGCAUGAUCCUGUCAAUAGCAGUGAAUGAUGAAGGAUCUAGAAACUUGGAUGACUCAGCCAGGAAAGCAAUGACCAAACUGGGCAGCAAGCAUUUCCUCCAUCUUGGGUUCAGGCAUCCUUGGAGUUUUAUUACAGUAAAAGGAAACCCUUCCUCUUCUGUUGAAGACCACAUUGAAUAUCUAGGACACAAAGGAUCAGCUGUGGCCAAAGUAUUCAAACUAUUCCAGGCUGAGAAUGGAGAGCAUUUUAAUGUGUCUUCAACCAGUGAGUGGGUUCAAGAUGUAGAAUGGACAGAGUGGUUUGAGAAGCCCAAAAAGGCAAGAUCCAAAGACACGGAGAAACUUUCUGACCUCAGAGCGGCAAACCCAGGCAAAAUCUGUAGUCACCCCCUUGCUAUCCAGGCAGCUACACUUUCUGGAGCCAAUUUAACAACUGAGGUUUUCUAUAAAAGCGGCCAUGAUUAUAGGUUUAUGUGCCAUGGUAAGGAUCAGACAGACGAAGGCUGCCAAAAUUACCGAGUGCGGUUCCUGUGUGGCAAACCUGUGAGACCAAAGCUUACUGUAAGCAUUGAUACCAACGUGAACAGCACAAUCUUGAGGCUGGCAGAUGAUGCACGAUCAUGGAAGGCUGGAGAUAGACUUGUUGUUGCCAGUACAGAUUAUUCCAUGUACCAGGCGGAAGAAUUCCAAGUCUUGCCGUGCAGAGCCUGUGGGCCUAAUGAGGUCAAAGUAUCAGGGAGAGCAACCUACCUUCACAUAGGAGAAGUGAUCGACGGAGUGGACAUGAGGGCGGAAGUAGGGCUGCUAAGCCAAAACAUAGUGGUGAUGGGAGAGAUGGAGAGGCAAUGCUAUGACUAUAGCAAUGGUUUAUGCACCUUCUUUGAUUUUGACACCUUUGGGGGACACAUCAAGAUUGGUCUUGGUUUUAAAGCUGCCCAUAUUGAAGGUUUAGAAUUGAAACAUAUGGGCCAGCAGAGAAUGGGACACUAUCCAAUUCACUUCCACUUGGCUGGAGAUGUGGAUGAGAAGGGAGGCUACCACCCUCCAUCCUAUGUGAAGGGUGUCUCCAUUCACCACACCUUCUCACGCUGUGUCACAGUCCACGGCUCCAAUGGCUUGCUGAUUAAGGACGUUGUGGGCUACAACACCCUGGGACACUGCUUCUUUACUGAGGAUGGGCCAGAGGAACGCAACACAUUUGAUCACUGCCUUGGACUGCUCGUUAAACCUAGCACUCUCCUGCCAUCUGACCGAGACAGUAAAAUGUGCAAGAUGAUUACAGAAGGGGCAUACCCAGGGUACAUCCCCAAACCCAGGCAGGAUUGCAAUGCUGUAUCCACCUUCUGGAUGGCCAAUCCACAUAACAACCUUAUAAACUGUGCAGCUGCAGGAUCCGAAGAAACAGGCUUUUGGUUUGUUUUUCACCAUGUGCCUACGGGCCCCUCGGAAGGAAUGUAUUCUCCAGGCUACACUGAGCACAUUCCAAUGGGAAAAUUCUAUAACAAUCGGGCACAUUCCAACUACCGAGCUGGCAUGAUCAUUGAUAAUGGAGUCAAAACCACACCAGCAUCUGCUAAGGACAAAAGACCUUUCCUGACACUGAUUUCUGGGAGAUAUAGUCCACACAAAGAUGCUGACCCUUUGAAGCCUAGGGAACCUGCAAUAAUUGAGCACUUUAUUGCGUACAAGAACCAGGAACAUGGGGCCUGGCUGAGGGGUGGAGACGUAUGGCUGGAUGACUGCCAGUUUGCAGACAAUGGCAUUGGCCUGACCUUGGCAAGCGGCGGAACUUUCCCACAUGACGAUGGUUCAAAGCAAGAAAUAAAGAACAGCCUGUUUGUCGGUGAGAGUAAAAACGUGGGGACUGAGACCAUGGACAACCACAUUUGGGGGCCCGGAGGCCUGGAUCAUAGUGGAAGGACUCUCCCCAUAGGCCAGAAUUUUCCAAUUCGAGGGAUUCAGUUCUAUGAUGGGCCGGUCAAUGUCCAAAACUGUACGUUUCGCAAGUUUGCUGCACUGGAUGGCCGCCACACAAGUGCCCUGGCAUUCCGGCUCAACAAUGCCUGGCAGAGCUGCCCCAAUAACAAUGUCACGGACGUUCUAUUUGAAGACGUUCCCAUUACUUCAAGAGUGUUCUUUGGAGAACCUGGACCCUGGUUCAAUGACCUGAAUAUGGAUGGUGAUAAAACAUCAGUUUUUCAUGAUGUAGAUGGCUCUGUGUCGGGAUAUCCCAGCUCAUACCUUAUAAAGGAAGAUAACUGGUUGAUCAAACACCCAGACUGUAUUGAUGUGCCAGAUUGGAGAGGUGCCAUCUGCAGUGGGCACUAUGCACAGAUAUACAUCCAGGCCUACAAGUCAGCCACCCUGAGAAUGAAAAUAAUCAAAAACGACUACUACGGUCAUCCUCUCUACUUGGAGGGGGCUUUAAGCAAAAGUUCUCCUUACCAGCAGUAUCAGCCAGUUAUAACACUGCAGAAAGGUUAUACCGUCCAUUGGGACAAGACGGCACCCGAAGAACUGGCUAUAUGGCUCAUCAACUUCAACAAGAACGACUGGAUCCAGCUAGGGUUGUGUUAUCCUAAAGGGACAACAUUUUCCAUUCUCUCAGACAUCCACAAUCGUCUCUUGAAGAAAACAUACAAAACUGGGACCUUCUAUAGGACCUUGCAGAUGGACAAAUUGGAGUACAGAUACCCUACCAAAGGAUACUAUUACUGGGAUGAGGACACUGGGCUGCUGUUUCUGAAACUCAAAGCCCAGAAUGAGAAGGAGACGUUUGCCUUCUGCUCAGUCCAAGGCUGUGAGAGAAUAAGGAUCAAAGCUGUGAUCCCAAAGAACGCUGGAAUUAGUGACUGUGAAGCCAAAGCCUAUCCAAAAUACAUGGAAAAUCCAGUAAUAGAUGUGCCGAUGCCUAAGAAGCUCUCUAACACACAACUGCAGAAUAAUAAGGACCAUUUCCUAGAGCUGAAAGUACAAACCUUCAAGACCAGAUACUUCCAUCUCAGGGAUGACUUUGCAUACAUUGAGGUUGAUAGUAAAAAGUUUUUCCUCGCUGAUGAUGGUAUCCAAGUCGUUGUGAUUGAUGGGGAGCAUGGAAAAAUUGUUGACCGAAUAAGUUUCAAAAACUCUAUUCUACAGGGAAUCCCAACGCAGAUAGACAAUUAUGUCACCAACAUCAAAAACAAUUCUAUAGUGGUGAUGGCAUCCAAAGGCAGAUUCAUUUCAAAAGGACCCUGGACUAAAGUACUGGAAAAACUUGGAGUUGAGAAGGGUUUUAAGUUAAAAGAUAAAAUGGCUUUUGUCGGAUUCAAAGGCAGCUUUCGACCAGUCUGGGUGAAACUGAUCACCGAGGAGGAUGCAGCUAAAAUCUAUCAAGUUGUGCCAAUCCCUGUGGUGAAGAAAAUGAAAUUAUGA